AUGGAUGCCAUCAUUUCAACCCCAAAAGGAGCUGUGGGCUUCUCAAGUCCUCGUUCAUCUCCCAAUGUUGCAGCCCUCCUCAAGAUCAAGAUCAUUUCUUGGAGCCAAGAAACCGGAUUGCCUGUUUCUGUUCGCAUUCGCUUUGCUAAUAGAACUUAUAAUCUGCACAAGCAUCUGCUGUUGUCAAAGAGUGGAUACUUUAAGAAGAAACUGAAUGAAUCAGAAGAGGUUGAGCUGCCAGAUGAUUUCCCUGGAGGGGCAGAGACAUUUGAGGCAAUAGCCCUCUUCAUCUAUGGAUCUCCCACGCUAAUCGACCCGUUCAACGUGGCAGCCCUGAGGUGUGCAGCCGAGUUUCUCGAGAUGACAGAAGGGCACAGCCCGGGCAAUCUGUGCGAGCGUUUCGACAUUUAUCUGAACCAGGUCGUGCUGCAGCGCUGGGACGACACUCUAGUAGUCCUGCAGAGGUGCCAGUCCUUGCUCCCGGGGGCCGAGGAUUUGCUGAUUGUCUCUCGGUGCAUCGAGUCUCUGGCAUUCAUGGCCUGCAUGGAGAUUCUCGACCCCGAGAGGAGAAGGGAUCACCCGAUUGUCACACUCGAGGCGUUGGCUGUGGCGAUGGCUGAUGAGCCGGCUUGGAGCAGCCAGAACCAGACACUGAAACAGAUUCUCAGACAGGAUUUGUGGAUUAAGGAUCUCAUUGCUUUGCAGUUCCCAUUCUUCAAGAGAGUGAUAGCCUCUCUCAGGAGACAAGGCAUGAAGGAGAAAUAUGUUAGUCCCAUCAUCCUUUUCUACGCGAACGAAUGGGCGAUAUCUCGAGCUGAAGACGACACGAAGAUGAUCCUAAAAGGGAUUCUUGAUUUGUUGCCAAUGGGGGAGAAGGCAAGUAAGCUCAUCCCAGUUGGUUUCUACUUCUCCUUGCUCUCCAGAUCUCUCGAGGCCGGUUUGGCAAGUGACAGUAGAGAAAAACUGCAGCAUCAGAUUGCCUCCCAGUUGCAUUUGGCUCAGGUGGAGGACUUUCUGCUACCAAAUAAUGAGUUGGAAACUAUGAAAAGUAUAUUUUCCAUAUAUGCAGCAGCAGCAGCCUUCAACAUGGAGUUAAACCCUGCCCCUUCCCCGAGAAAUUCCGCUGUGGCUGAGCUAUGGGAUGCAUAUCUAACCAAGAUAGCCGUCGAUCCACAAGUCACUUCGAAAAGAUUCAUGGAGCUCAUAGAAACCUUGCCCUUGUCCUGCAGACAAUCUCAUGAUCACCUGUACAGAGCCCUUGACACAUUUCUUGUGGCACAUCCAAGUAUAUCACAAGAUGAGAAAUGGCAAGUAUGCAAGUACCUGAAUUGCCAGAAACUGUCACAAGAAGUGUGCAUUGAAGCAGUACAGAAUGAGCUGAUGCCUCUGAGGCUCAUUGUCCAGGCUCUAUUUGUUCAGCAGCUCAACACACAACAGGCAUUCAAAGAAUGCUCAGACUCAUUUCGGUACACGAACGGUGGAGAGUUCUCCGGCAGCAUUGCAAGCUCAAGAUACACAAAUCCCAGAAGCCAAAACUUGGAAGAAAGUCCCUGCAUUGAUAGAAGUGAAAGGAGCAGCAGACCACUAGGCUUCUUGCUGCAGAAAGAUUUGACAUUCCACAAGUCUGAACUCUCAAAGAAGGAUUACGAAUCAACAAGCUUCAGAAUCCAGAACCUCGAACACGAGCUCCAGUCCUUGAAACGAACCCUCGAGCUGCAACACAUAUCAAAGAAAACAGGGCCACCGCCUGCAAAGAAAGAAAAUGCUGCAGCUUCAGAAAAUUCUCAACGCGUGAGACCAUUUGGUCUCGAGGGAAGGACUCCAAGCAGGAAGAGGAAGCCCAUUAUUCACAUGGCUAACUGCAUAGGAUCUGUGAAUUUCGCGUCCCAUAGAGGGUAUGCCACAAGAUUACUGAAAGUUUUAAGGAGAAUUAGUUCUUUUGGCAGAGUCAAGUCAAGAAGGACAAGUGCCUCAGGUAUUAAACAGAAGAAAUUGUAGCUUGUUGAACUAUAG